AUGGGUUUACCUAAUCCUGGUCCUUCAAGUAAGGCAGUCUUGUGGAAAGAAAGGACGUUUAUUGACCUAGAAGGGUGUGGGAACAACAACCACAACAUGUUUUACAAUGAGUGUUCUUAUUCUUCUUCACCAAAAUCGAAAUUCUAUGGGACUGGUUAUACUUAUCCUAACGGAGGAAGAAGUGAUUACAGACCGGGAAAACCAUCGUUGGAAUCAAAUGGCAAGGAUGUGAAGUUUGUGAGAGAUUUGAACUUGAAUGUGACACUUUUUUCAAACACACCUGUUGUUGAAGUCAGAAAGGAUGAAGAAGAACGUCUAGCUACUUUACCAUGGCUUGUUAAACCCAAGUCUGCUUGUAACUCUGAGGUGGCUGAUGGGAGACGGAAUCAGAAGAUUAGUGAUGCUGUUCAGAGGGAGGCAGAGACUGAGAAGAUCAACACUAACUUGAAUAUUCCUAGAGAUGAAUGCAAUGCAGAAAGAGAUAAAGUUAGGAUGAUGCUAGACAUCAAUGAACCGUGUGAACCACUUUCAGAUGCAGAUGAGCAAUUGGAAGAACAGACCGGGACGAAGGUUUCGGUUAGUAAUAAGUGUCACAUUGAUUUGAACAUGUCAGUUAGUGAAGAAGAAGAAGAUGAGAUUGACCUGUCUCCGCAUCUUCUUGACAUUGAUAUUGCUCAAUUUGAAGUUUUUUCUAGAAAUGAUGGAGAAUUGGAAAACGAAUUUGGAAGUAAUGGCAGCCAAGGAGGAACAGUACAUACAGCAGUAGAAGAAGUAUGA